AUAAAAGUUAAGAGCUUGGACGCAGCGUUGUGUUGCAUAUUGCAGCUUCACCUUCAACAGUACAGUGUUGGAUAAAGUGUCGUCAGGUAGUGAGACUGCAUGCUGCACUAUGUCUGUUUUAUCUACUGUGGCAGGUACAACCAUGCCAGUUCAUGCCUUGAUAGGUGACGGUAAAUCCAUAACCGUUAAAUUAGUUCUCCCGCAGACGGAUGUGCAACAGGUGGACCUUUUUUUUUUUUUUACUUAAGUGACUGUAGAUUUCAAGACGAAGACUUGGUGAAUGUGCAUGGGAUUGUUUGGCUAUGCAAUAGGGCGACAUUAAACUUUAAACACAACAUACCCUGAAAUAUUUAUGACCCUGGUCUGGUGACAAGUUGCACCCAGUGUGUGUGUGUGUGUGUGCGGCAGUGGAAGAGAUGCUCCAAGAAAUUUAAGAGUCGGAAAGACAGCGAGAGGGCUGCAGUGAGACUGGAUAAGGAUAAGGACCGCAGGAAUACGCAGAUUGGAUGUUAAUCUUGAGGCAGCGAUUUGAAUGAAAGUAGUGCGUGACUGACAGCAGCUGAUGGAUCCAUCAGUGACACAAGUAAGACAGGCUGCUCCUCCGGGGUUGGAGGAGUACAAUCCCUUCACAGAUGCCAAAACGCCUGCAGGUAUGGCGCCCAAGGCUACGGCACCCACCAUCAACACACAACCCGCCAUCAUGAAACCCACAGAGGAGCCUCCGGCCUACUCGCAGACUGUGGCACAGGACCAGUCGCAAGGAGCCUCUGAGCUGUUGAGGCGACAGGAGGAGCUGGAAAGGAAGGCUGCAGAGCUGGACCGCCGGGAGAGAGAGAUGCAGUCCCUCAGUGCUGCAGGAGGCAGGAAAAACAACUGGCCCCCCCUCCCAGAGAAGCUCCCAGUGGGUCCUUGUUUCUACCACGACAUCACAGUGGACAUCCCUGUAGAGUUUCAGAAGACGGUGAAGAUCAUGUAUUACCUCUGGAUGUUUCAUACUGGGACGCUGCUUGCUAACAUGGUGGGCUGCAUGGCCUGGUUCUGUGUGGACUCUGCACGUGGGGUGGACUUUGGCUUGUCCAUCCUCUGGUUCUUGCUCUUCACACCGUGUUCAUUCGUCUGCUGGUACAGACCGCUUUACGGAGCAUUCAGGAGUGACAGCUCAUUCAGGUUCUUUGUGUUCUUCUUCGUGUACAUCUGUCAGUUUGGCGUCUACGUCAUGCAGUGCAUCGGCAUCAGUGGCUGGGGCGCCAGCGGGUGGAUCUCGGCUCUGACCGGCCUGAACAAAAGCAUCCCGGUGGGCAUUAUAAUGAUCCUCAUCGCUGCUCUCUUCACCGCUCUGGCUGUCAUGUCCCUCAUCAUGUUCAAAAAGGUCCACGCGAUGUACCGUACCACCGACGCCAGCUUCGAGAGGGCCCAGCAGGAGUUUGCCACGGGCGUCAUGUCCAACAAGACGGUGCAGACGGCCGCCGCUACCGCCGCCACCAGGGCUGCACAAGGAACCUUCAAGGAGCAGAUCUGAUUGGCCCUCGAGAGCUCCUCUCUCUCUCUCUCUCUCUCUCUCUCUCUCUCUCUCUCUCUCUCUCUCUCUCUCUCUCUCCGUCCAACCCUCCUCCCCCCUCUUCCUCUGCUCAUCCAGCUCACUCCCCCUCGAGCCAGCCGCCCUGUUUGAACACACGGACCGCCUUCUGACAAUAAAUAUCAAAGCAGUUCAUGUGAAGGCGCUACGGUCGGCCGUCCAGUCGACCACGAUCUGGGAUUCAAACAGGGCCACGGCUCGCUUCUGUCCUACUCUCCCUUCUCUCUCCCCCCCAGCAACAUUGUGCACUCAUCACAGACUCUGAAGCCCCCUCACCUCACGCUGCACUCCUACUACCAGUCAACUAGCGUGUGUGUGUGUGUGU